UAGAAUGAUUUGUUAUCGAAGUUGUUACGCGUUGAGGAACAAUAAGAACGAAGAGAGAUAGCGGCCGGUGGCAGAGGAGGACGGCGGAGGAGGCUGCAACGCGAAGUUGUAAAGUCCCCGGUAAAUCGUAUAAGAUUCUGUCGAGAAUAUCGAUUCCGUUUGCCAAACGCUAUAAGAAAUUCCUGGCGAACGUGCAAUUUCUAAAUUCGUCGGUUCAAGCAACUCUGCCGCGAACUUUUGUCUUGCUACAUUGCAUGUAACGUGUAAUCUCUAUAUUUCGAUCGGAAGAACUUGACAUACGAAAAGAUUUACCUCGCAGGUUGAUAUCACUGGAUCUUAUUACAGAAUGAAUGAUUCUACUAUUUUUAUAAUCGGGACGAGAAAAGUGAUUCAAUGAGCCAACGGAUCGAAAAGCGAAAGCGGAAAGGGAACGAUCGAGGAAGCGUGGGAUUACCUAACGUUCGCGGGCGAAAAUGUGGGACAUUUCUUUCCAGUAGCGGCGCGGCUAAUGACGUAGGACGAUAAAAAUCGCCAUGAGGGCAUUGCCUAAUAUUCCUAGGGAUGUAUUCCGCGUCCGGGACUAUUUCGAGACUCAUUCUCUAAUGCAAGUCAGACCACACCUCGGGCCGCCUAUACGGCGAUCGUAAAUCAGCGCUGGCCUAGCUAGCCGGGACUCUUUAUUUUUUCGAGCGGAAAAUCGCCGACUGAUUUAUCGAAUGCGCCCAGAAAUUCUAGCCUGCGUAUGCGUUACUUGCUCGAAAAAUAUCAAAGAUCGUCGACAGGGCGGGCGCCUCGCGAAUACGUCGACGGCUUGCAUCCGUUUCGAUUCGAUUAACGACUACUACUCUUUACGAAAAAUGUAACGAGUCGACAGAAUUAUAAAGGAAUGAUGUGAUACUCGAAACAGUGUUGGUGUAUACGGAUUUCGAAUUUUAACAAAAGUUCUUCCCAAUUUUUACCAGUCCAAAUCCAAUGAAAUACGUCGGACGUACAUUUUAACACCAGAUGACAAGCUAUUUAUUUUUGCCAUAUUUAUCUCGUAUGAGAAUAUUUUCCUGUUUCAUUUCCUGUGGGCUCUCAAAGUAAAGAGCGAACGGAGAUGUACAGAAUUGGUUAAAUUAUGAAAAUGACGUUGCAACGACGUGGGAUAUAGAUAGAGGAUAGAAGCGAAUACGGUGAAAAUACGGAUAAAAAGAUUGGCCAAGAAACGAAUCUCGAGGGACAACCGCGAAUCGCGCUAUCUUUAGCGUUUACGUUCGCGUUCGCACCUCGAGACGCCCAAGUGUCUGCCAGUCAGCCAGCCUUAUCUGCGACUCGUCUGCACGCUUUGAAAGCUUCUUAUCGCCCGGGGAAACCGGCUUUCAUCCUGCGGUCCGAACGAAAACUUGCGAGUGUCCUUCGAGAGCCAGGAAAAGAUAGAGAACGAAGCUGUUGACGAUUCCGACGCAACGCGACGCGACGCCCUGCUCCUGGCUAGACGAUCGAACGCACGCGGUCCGAACGACAGCUUCUUGUUGUGUUGCACACAAAUAUGUUACUAUAAUUGUUCCACGAAAUCGUGGGUGGGUUAGAAAUUCGAUUCUGUUAAGUUUAUGUGGGAGAAACCGUCUGAACGUGUAGAUUGUUACGCAUGCGAAAUUUCGAGAACACACCCUAUUUUUGGAAGACGUCUUCAAGUGUAUAAAUGAGAAAUUUAUUUUAGUAAUGUGUUAAAUCGUAAAACCGCUUCGGUUAAAAUAAUUGUGAAAUACGUGGACUAAUAAGUGACAUCGAUCAAAAUUAUUCAUUACUGGCUUGCGUUAAGAGUUUAAGGAGUCGUGCAUUGUACAGGGCAGACAGUGGAGAUAUCUCGAAAUUACAUUACUUCACUCGGCGUUUUUAUGAUAAUCGUGGCCAACGAUUAUUGUGCACAGAUAAGUAAGAUGCUCGUGUGAAAGUUGAUAGAGACGACGAUAUCGAGAUGAGAGAAAGAACGGAAGUGGCACGACCUGGUCACGACCAAGUUGCCAUUGAACGGUAAUUGAGUGAAACACUUAGUUAAUGUUCGACAGUAACAAACAGUAGAAAACAAUGCGAAUCUGUAGCUUAAAAGCUUUUUAAAAGACUUUUGAACGACUUGAAACGGAAAAUGAUUGUAAACAAAGAUCCUCAAUUCUCGUCAAACUACAAUUUAAUGUCGACGAAAUGCAAAGUGUAUUUAAUGCAAAUACCUACAAUUUUCUACUGACAAUAUUCCAUGUAAAAUUGUAGAAAUAAGAAGGUACCACAAUUACGCGAGAUUUAGCUUGAUCAUGAUGAAACGUCGACGUAAAUUAUCUUAUAAUAGGAUCUGCCACCCUAACGUCACGCUUUAUCGACUUUUACCCAAUUCAUCAUCGAGACAUCAUAGGAUUUAUUCUCAGCGAAAGAUGUAUGUGACAAGGUCAAGUCUAAUUUUAGAAAUAACAGUUGAUCCCCGAGCGGAUUCUGUAGUCUGUAGGAUCGUGUAUCUAGGAGCGAGAAGUAGGUAACGAGGCGAGCGAACGAAAGCAGUCGCAAUUCGAUACACUCGCGGUCUCACUCGUCAUCGGUCGAUGACGAUAUACACAUUACACAUUACACCCCGGAUGAGCUGGCUUGAUGACCGAUGUCGAACCCGCCGCGCGCCGUCACGAGAGAGCAACGCGCAGUGUCAUCGACUGAUUGUCGCUAUUUCGAGCACACUCUCGGCCAACAAGCCUAUUUAAAAUCAUUUGCAUCGCCACGUGAGAGCCUCGCCCGGCAUAACGAACAGUCGCGUCGCGGUGAUCGCAACCUCGUGACACGUAGAUUAAUUCCACGUUAUACUGCGCUGCAGUAGACCAUGGCUAUCGGGGCUACCGAACGAUAUGGGUGGGCGGAAUGAUAGAGAAACGCGUGCCAACUAUUCCAUAUUCGAAAAUUUAUAGCCUUUCAUAUUGGUCGGAUUUCAGUGAAAAAUAAAUGGAACACUACGUGGAAUAUUUAUCUCUCCAAUGAAACGAACGGGAAUUUGAUAUAUCGCGGGGGAUGAUCAUUCAGGAUAUAUCCGUCAUUUACGACACUGAACAAACAGGUUUGCAAACAGGAACCGAUGUAAAUUCUGAUUGUUCUCUUCUGUCCCCGGUGUUAAAUUACUGGUAGAAAAUGUCGGCGACGUUGGAAAAUUUCGUCACGCUCACUCAUCGUGAUUUUAACUGGCCUUACCCGGUACCACUUGUUGCGAAACCGGCGCAACCGCCGAUGAGCACUGGAAUUCGAUUGUACACCCCGAGGAUCGAUCCUAAGGAUUGUCCGUGCGACGAACAUGGCCACGAGAGUAACAGAAAUAGGUACAAAUAUCUGGCUGAGAAGGAACGACACUUUUUGGAUCAGCUGACGAUGGUGAAUCAAGAAAUGACCAAUCUCUCGACGGCCAUGCUAGAUAGCAACUGCGAGUCGAUGGACGAGACUAUGAUGAGUAUUUUUAAAACGGAUUACGCGAAGAGAGGACUGCCUAUCAAGGAGUACAGACAGUUACAGGCUGCGGUCGAUUCGCCGUAUUGUUCACCGUUUCCGCCGGAAGCAACGGAAAUAAAACAGGGCUAUAGAGAUCCUACUAGAUUCCGAUACACUGCCAUCGAAAGACCGACCAUUCAACCGGCCAAAAAGCUAACUUUAUACGAAGUUCCAGAAAGUUUCUCUCUUUGGGAGACGCCUUUCACUGGUCGUUCGGAAUACAUGGACACUAUUAGCAAAAUGGGCCUGAGCAACAUGAAGAAUCGGCAACAAUAUCUGGAACCACUUCCUUCGUCAAGAAGAAGAUUCGGGGACUGCAAAUUAUAAAUUAUAUUCGUCAUUAAGAAUUUUUCUUAUUUAG